AUGGCCACAACGACUGCUGCCUUCCUCGUCCUUGUUAUUGCUGGACUCGCGUUUUCUGACGGCACAGACUGGCGCAUCCCCCCACACUGCAACCUGCCGCUGCAUCGAGGUCCAUGUCGGGCGUUCAUACCAUCCUAUGGUUACAAUGUCACAAGCGGGGAAUGCCAGCGCUUCGUCUUUGGUGGAUGCCGCAGCAAUGGAAACCGAUUUACAACUCUCAGUGGGUGCAGGCGUACAUGUCUCGGAAUCUAG